GAGUUUCGUUAUCAGUUAAACGCAAAUAAGCUGAAAAAUAAUUCGAAUACAGCCACUCAAUAUGCAAUACAGCAUCAUUUGCAUCGCGAUUUUCACUUGCAUUUGGGCCAAACCCCACCAUCGCCAAUUCACCCCGGCAGAUUGCUGGAAAAGCAUAUACAAGGACUCCGCGGAGACCGAAAGGGACUGCAAAGCCAUCGAGCUCAUUUACCGAUGGAACGUUUGGGAACACAAAUGCCAACCGAUGGUUUUCGGCUCCUGCAACCCGUCCAGGAACGUUUUCUAUUCGAUGGAGGAAUGCCGAAGAGUAGCCCAACCGGUUUGUGCCCAUCUAUUACCUCUACCACAGCAGGAAUAAGCCUAGCAGAAGUGCGGAGUAUAUGUUAA